CUUCCUCCAUGGAGGAAGCUGUGGAGGUGGCUAAUGGCUGUGUGGGGAGGGAGGCCACCUUCACUGCUUGUCUGCCCUUCUCCACCCAGGCAUGAAAAAUGUUUGAUCUCAAGACGAAGAUUAUGAUUGGUAUUGUUAGCGGCUUACUGAUUGCUGCAAUCGUGCUGAUAGGCAUUGUCUUCUGUCUUUACUUCAAAGUAUCCAAGGCACUGAAACUUGUAAAGGAACCUGAUGCCGUGGUGACAAACUGUAGCAGUGGAGACAAGCUCAUCCAGGACAAGGUCAUCCCUGCCAAAACCAACACAACUGAGUCUUGUCCUGCAAUCCAGUGCUGUGAUGAAUGCAGCCUGUAUGCAGAUGUGGACCCCCUGCCACCUUGCUUUUGUAGCCCAAAUGAGGGACUCUGA